AUGUUGACUUUGAUGCGCAGCACGAAUGCGACAAAAACCAGUUUUGGUGCGAUGAUGCCACAAAAGCCUUCAAGAAGAAGAAUGAACGCUUUUAGGACGACGACGACGACGAAAAUUGGCGGCACGGGGAACAGUAAAAGAAUGAGUAAAAGAGGUGGAGAGGACGUAAUAAUCGUUCGUUCGAGCGCUGGAGCAGUUUUAGGAGGAGGAGGAGAACUAAACGAAGAAGAGCGAGCGAGGAAACUUUUAGGCAUCAGCGUGAGCGACGACGCGUUAGCCAUUCAACAAGCCGUGAACAAGAAAAAGAUGUUGUACAAAGGCGAUAACGAGAAACUGCGAGAAGUGGAAUCCGCGUACGACACGAUACAACGAGCGAGUUUACAAGCGAGAAUGUCCGGGAAGAAAAUAGAGUCCAAAUCGGUGUUGAACGCGGACGUAAUUCGAUCGAAAUGGCAGCCGCGAUGGUGCCCGUCGCCGAACAAAGAUUUGUUCGUGAACUACGGCAUCGCGACGGCGUGUUUUUUAGUCACCUGGGCGCAACCGCACAACAUGAGAUCGUUGCAAGUGACUAUUUUUGGUGCCAUUGCGAUGGCGUUCCGCAUGUUCAUUAAGCUCGUGGACGUGGACCCGGGACCUAAUCCGAAAUUGGACCAAGCGGGCGCGGUCAAACAUAACAACAUGAGAUUCGCGAGGUCGUUCGUGUUUUGCAUCGGCGGGUUCGCCGCGUGCGUGUUGGCUUUUUACUGGUUGCCAAACUUUAUCAUUGAAACGUUGAACAUUAAGGUGCCACUGUGGGCGCUGUUGGAACAAGAGUUGGGGGUUUCCUUUUUGACGUUGAGUUCGUUGGCAACUUUGGUCACGUUUUACCGUUAA